AAAAUAAAAAAACCAAACCAAAAUCUAUUUAAUAAUUUUAUUUUUCUUUUACGAUUUUCACUUUUUAUAAGAAAAAUUAAGUCUGGGUUUUGGAGAAAAUCAUUGAAUCUAUUUAUAAAAGUGAAAAAAAGCGAGCUCAAAUUGAAGAAUUUUCAAUAAGAUAAGAACUGAACCAGAUCAAUACCCAAAAAACAUAUAUAUAUAUAUAUAUAUAUAUAUUUAUAGAUAUCUAUGGCGUCAGAGACGAAAACAGCUGUGGUGAAGUUGAAACCCAGUAACCAAGAUGGUUCUUCGAAGGGAAAAAUUGACCAUUCUAUCAAUCGGAAGAAGAUCGAGAGCUCAAGCCGGCAGGGUAUUGAUUCAAAGUCCAAAUCAAUAACAACUACAGUAAAGACUGAGGUAAAAACUAAAGCAACAAUAGUGUCAUCAAAAACAGCAACAUCAACUGUUACUACUAAGGUGAAACAGAAGAAAGUUUAUACCUUGGCUGGCCAGAAAUUUGACCCUCCUGAAGAGAGAGAGCCCCUGAGGAUCUUCUACGAGUCAUUGUCAAAACAGAUUCCUAGCAGUGAAAUGGCAGAAUUUUGGAUGAUGGAACAUGGUUUGUUGUCCCCUGAAAGAUCCAAAAAGGCGUUCGAAAAGAAGCAGAGAAGGCAGAAGGAACUUCGGUCGGGAAUUCCUAUGAAACCCUCAAAACCACCAAGCAAACCACUGAGCAAACCACCAAGCAGGCCGGAAAGUUCACAGAAGAAGCAGCCGCAGCAGCUGGCUUCAAAGAAUGGCACAAAGAAGAGAGUUUUGAGUGAUAGUGAUGAUGAUGAUGAUGACUUCAUUUUAAGUCCCAAGAGAAGGAGAUUCUAAAGGGAAUAAAGAGCCCCCUAUAGCUAGUUCUGUAGCGGCUUUUCUCUGGAAAUUGCUUUAGUGCAAUCCUUUACAUUAAAUUGUAGACACCAUAAAAGAGUUGAGUUUUUUUUUACUGUAAACCAACAUAGGUGAUAAAACAAAAGUACAUUUAUUUUAGUUUGGAAUAAUUUGUGAAUUAAAACAAUAAGAUUGGCGUAUUAAAUGAUUCUCAAUUUACUUCUCUUA